ACAGACAGACAGACUGGAUCUUUCUCAACAUCGCCAUAAGAAGGAAUCAUCCCGGAUGAUCAUGAGCAAACUGUGAGCUCCGGUGCAUGUCCAGCGUCGACGAUGCACACACUCACUCACUCACACACACACACACAGUGUGCGAAGAGGAAGAAGCAGCAGAAGAGGAAGAAGAGGAAGAAGAAGAAGGUGGAGAUUCUCAUACCAACAUGGGGAAGAAGAAAAACAGAUGAUUCCAGACGGAGCUGAUUACUUGUUGCAAUUCUGUGUGUGUGACUGACUGACUGUGUGUUUUGAGGAAAAGGGGAUGAGUGCGAGAGAGAGAGAGAGAGAGAGAGUAGUGAUGUGAUGAUGGUGUGUGCAUGGAGAGGGAUUGCCGAGUUUUGUGCGUGAUUUGAGGAUGAUGAUGAUGAUGCUGAUGGCGAUGACCACGGUGGUUGGAGUACGAUGUCGCAAGGACUGGUCAUGGAGAGCAACGUCGUGAAGUCAUGAAGGAGGAGGUUUGCGAGCGAGUGAACCGUGCAGGAGGAGGAGGAGCCUAGAUAGAUACUUUGGGGUUUAGAACCACUCCUUCAGGGUUGCGAGCUUGAGUUUCUGUUUUUGUAUUUUUGUGUAUGUGUGUGUUUCGUAUCAAGGGUGGUGGGGAUGUGACGGAGGUUGUGGAAAAAGACUGAUGCCGAUUUGACUUGUUAUGGAAAUUUGAUGGAGUUUCAGUGAGUUAAGAGAGAGCUGGCGCAUUGGAGUCGGACCAAGGACGGUUGUGGGUUUGUGAUGGCUGUUGGGGUGGAAGCAAAUGGCAAUUGUGGGGAAGAGAGAGAGCGAGAGAGCGAGAGAGAGAGAGGGAGAGGUUGAGGGGGAAGGUUGUCUGGAGAAUUGGGGAGCGAGAGCUGUUGUAAGGAUGAGAGAUGCAAAGUGCACGAGGUGGAGAGUGUGACUCGAAUGAGUCGGAAGUGAGGUGGAUGGGCAUUAGUUAUAGUGAGAAUCGUCACCGCGUGAAAUCUGCCGAUUGUUGCGACUGCAAUUGGGCGAAGAACUUGAUUGGAUUGUCCUCGUACUUUCAUGGUGGGUCUGGAAUGACGGAAUUUCUGAGUUCUGGGUGAUGCUUGCACGGACGGGCUCGGGUCGGAACCGCUUUCUGCAGCUCGGGAAUCAACGCAUGUCGGCAGUCGUGGAAGAACGCUGACAUUUUAACGGGAUCUUGGGAGUUCUUAGUUCCGUGUGGCUGGGUGCUUGUCGAAACAGAGUGGGGAUGGUUCACGCAUAAGCGCUAUGCAGAAGCGGAUAUUGUCGGUAUGGCCUGCAUAUUGAAGCUCUGGAGUUAUGGCUGCUAAGUUUAGGUUGCCAUAAGAUGGAAUUGGUGCUUGGAGAGAAGAGCCUGCCAGAAGUUGGCUCAAUUGCCGUUGCAGCGGAAGCCACAACCAGGGGCUGAGGACUCACUAGCUCCGCGGGACUUCCCACCAAAAGUUCAUGUGUUUAUCGCUUCUUUGAUACCCAGCAAGAAGACAGACAUGAUUCCUCUUUACGAAUAUUAUCAGGAUCAGUGACGUCGACCAAUUUAUGAAAGUGAGGUGCUUUGUUGCUGUUGAAGUGGCAGACAAAUAUCUGUUUAUAUGAAGUAUGGGGUGGGAUUGGACAUGUGUGAGAAGGACACGUCCUUGAGAAUGUGGUUUCAUGUGUCACAAGUUCUGAAAGUUAAUGGCGAGCUCCACCGCAGAUUGUUACAGCUGUGGAAUUGGGAGUCUUUCUUUAUACUGCAAAUGUAACAAGGGGGGAAUGGUAUUUUCUUCGAAGUAGCUAUGGACGCAACCACCGCUGCCGUGUCUAAACGGCUCCCGGGGCUGAAGAAGAAAUCAUCCUCUAGGUCUGGAUUACGCAACCUUGUGCAGGGCUGUUGGUCUUAUCGAUCACCUGUGGAAAAGAAGCCUGACCCGCAACCCAAUUUGCCGCAGUUUUCAAUCUCUGCGCUCCCGGAUGACGUCUUGCUUGAUUGCUUAGCACGAAUGCCGAGGGCCGCGUUGCAGACAGCCAUGAUGGUGUGCCAAAAAUGGCGAUCCAUUUUGAAAUCGACCGAGUUUUAUGAAAUGAGAAAACAAAACGGGAGAGUGGAGAAUCUGCUCUUCGUAUUCGGAGGAGCAGGGACUGGAUUUUUGUCAGCUGUGUAUUGCAAGUCGAGUGGUAGUUGGAGAGCAGGUUUGUUGUGCUCUGGGAGAUCGAUAGCGGAAAAUGAUUGGCUGAGCGGUUAUCACAACGAGAAUCACGCCCUUCUACAUGCACAGCCUGCAGUGAUCAAGCAUCGAAUAUUCAUCUUGGGAGCUAACCCAUGUCGGUUUUCUAAGUCAGUGGGGAUAGAGUGUACCAUUGUUUACGACGCCUGGACCAAGACCCUCAGGCGUGGAGCACCAAUGCACUGUCCUAGAAAGAAAUUUGCUUGUUGUGUUAUUGCAGACCGCAUCUUCGUUGCUGGGGGCGCUAAUCGCAAUGAUUCUGGGCGAGAUGCCAUUACCGACUCUGAAAUGUACAUUCCUGAGCUGGAUGCGUGGAAGCCUAUUGCAAGUAUGCCUCGCAAGAGGUAUGGAGGCUUGGGAGCAGCAGUGAAUGGUGUUUUUUAUGUGAUUGGAGGACUCAAAUUCAGCAGCACGCUCUGGUCUUCCAUGCAGCCUUAUAUUUAUGUAGCAUCCAUGGAUGCCUUCGAUACAAACCUGAACUGCUGGCAAAAGACUAAGGUCCUUCCGAUGGAUGGCUGCGUUAUUGCUUGUACGGUUGUAGGACGGGCUAUCUACAUGCUCACAAGCCACGCUGUUGAAUUGUCUUUCUGGAAGUAUGACACUUGGGACGAGUCAUUCACCCGCGUGAAACCCCCUCCAAUACCAUCCCCUCUUCGAAUCGACAACUGCUUGAAAUUCUCGUGUGUAACGAUGGGGAGUGAUGUUUACAUUAUACAGGUUGGAGGAUCUAUAGACGAUUUGUUGAGAAGAAGCGGCCGCAACGGGCGUGGAUAUAAGGAGGGCUUAGUUUUAAUUUAUGAUACGUGUACACUGGAGUGGUCCCGAGGACCUGACCUACCUUACGUGAAGAAUGGUGCAACAUGCACAGUUGUGCAAUGCUAAGUUUUGUCACGAAUGCUCAAAGGUUAAGCCGGUCCGCUUUGCAAGAACACCCAAUCGUGGCACAGCGCAGAUAUGUUUAGAGAAUCAGUUUUGCUUUCAUGGCACACACAUGCCUCCACUGCUUGUCAGUAAACUCAUCCCAUAAGGAUGCUCUGGCCUCAAACAUUAGGGUGAAGGAGGUGUUGUGUGAUGCAUUUGAAACUAUAUUGGAGAACAGUUCUGUACAUUAUUCUUACUUGCGAUGAGUCCCGUUAGAUUGGAUAUCCAUCACUUUUGUGCAGGGAGUACAGGUCACCCCACUUCACAGCUUUGGAGAGCUACCAAGUCGUUUGCUUGUUUUUCCUGGAUCGAGCAAACGUAUACCUGAAGCCUUGAGAAGACUUGUUUGCUUGUUUGUUUUAUUUAUUUACUUUAUGUAUUUUUACGAGAAUCAGGAGGCUUUACAUUUAGAAUCUACAGUAGCUGAACACUGCACAGCAUUACGGCUGCAACGUUGUAUAUCCUCAAGGCUCUAACUUGCUGCUGGAUUCUUCCCUGGCAUUUCCUAA